AUAAAAAUGGGAAAACCAAAACCCACCCUGUUUCUCUUAUCUCCUCCUGCUUCUCCUGUACUGUAUGUUCAUACUUAAGAGAUUGAUUGUUGACUGGUGAUGUGGGUGGCCGUCAACAUGUGAAGAGGUGGAACUGUGGAAGAAGAGAAGAAGAGAAAGGAGAUGAAUAUGGAGUGUUGAAGUACGGUUGUUGAUCGGUUGUCACACAAAAAGCAAACCCAAAAAAGGAGGCUCUUUUUGCAUGGUUUAUCAAUAGGAGUCCUGUUUUCUCUCUCCCUCUCUCAAGUCUCAACCCAGAAACCACAAACCCAACCCAGGGGUGAGGUGCCAGGGCCCAUUCCAACUGAUCGGUACUUCUCUCAUACCUUCAUAAGAUACCCAUUUCGAUCUCACUUUCAGUUGGGUCCAUUCCUAUUUCCAAUUCACUUCUCUCAUACCGUCGUGCGAUAGCCAUUCCUUCUCUAUUUUCAGUCGGUUGUUCCUCGCAUAUUUCUAUAUCUCCUUCCGUGGCUUCUUUUUUUCUCUCUUCUGCUAAUUACAUAUAUACAUCUAUUGACAUUAUACAUAUACCCAAUCGAUACCCAUCUUGAGUUUUAGCUAUCAUAUAGUCUUCUGGAUCCUCAGCCUUCUAUAUUUUUCCUCUGUACCACCGGAGCUUCUUCUUGGCCUGUUAGGCUUCUCUCUCUGUGCAUGAGAAGUGUUGUAUGCAUACUACAGGUACUAAUCAGAAAUCUGGAAUAUACAUGGCAAAUAGCGAGCAAGAGAAGAUGAAAAGCUCUGCGGGUCAUGUGAUGAUGGAAAUAGAGGCAAGCAAACCACAGGGUAAUGGCAUUACGGUAGGAGGACUAAGCCCACUGAGUGAGAGCCUGUGGAGGGAGAAGACCGAUACGGACUUCGUGGGAGACGUAUCUGCGAAACUGACAUGGAAGGAUCUGACGGUGACGGUGACCCUCAGCAACGGAGAGACGCAGAAGGUGUUGGAGGGUCUAACGGGGUAUGCAGAACCAGGCACCCUCACUGCCCUCAUGGGCCCAUCCGGUUCAGGGAAAUCCACUUUGCUCGAUGCUCUCUCCAGUAGACUCGCGACCAACGCCUUCCUCUCCGGCACCAUCCUCCUCAAUGGCCGCAAGACCAAGCUCUCCUUCGGAACGGCGGCAUACGUUACUCAGGAUGACAACCUGAUCGGCACUUUGACAGUAAGGGAAACAAUUUCGUACUCUGCUCGCCUUCGUCUCCCCGACAAAAUGCCUUUGUUGGACAAGCGAGCUCUGGUGGAGAGCACCAUAGUUGAAAUGGGUCUUCAAGACUGCGCCGAUACAGUAAUCGGGAACUGGCACUUGCGAGGGAUCAGUGGGGGAGAGAAGAGAAGGGUCAGUAUUGCUCUUGAGAUCCUGAUGAGACCCAGAUUGCUCUUCCUCGACGAGCCAACCAGCGGACUUGAUAGUGCCUCGGCCUUCUUCGUGACCCAGACACUACGUGGCCUUUCUAGAGAUGGCCGAACUGUAAUAGCAUCAAUUCACCAGCCUAGCAGUGAAGUUUUCGAGCUUUUUGAUCGUCUGUACUUGCUCUCUGGAGGGAAGACUGUUUAUUUUGGGCAGGCUUCAGAGGCAUACGAGUUCUUUGCGCAAGCAGGCUUCCCCUGCCCAGCUUUGCGCAACCCAUCUGAUCAUUUUCUGAGGUGCAUAAACUCGGACUUUGAUAAGGUCAAAGCCACUCUGAAAGGAUCCAUGAAACUGCGGCUUGAAAGGACCAAUGAUCCUCUGGACAAGAUAACUACAGCUGAAGCUAUACGGAAGCUCUUUGAUUUCUAUAACACUUCUCAGUACAAUUAUGCAGCAAAACAGAGAGUUGAGGAGAUCUCCAAAGUUAAAGGAACUGUGCUAGAUUCAGGAGGGAGUCAGGCUAGUUUCUUUAUGCAAGCCUUCACCUUAACCAAGCGCUCGUUCGUCAACAUGUCAAGGGACUUUGGCUAUUACUGGCUGAGGCUUGUGAUCUACAUCCUCGUGACCAUCUGCAUUGGAACCAUCUAUUUGGACGUGGGGACAGGAUACAAUUCCAUUCUGGCCAGAGGUUCUUGUGCUUCAUUUGUCUUUGGCUUUGUCACUUUCAUGUCCAUUGGAGGGUUCCCUUCAUUUGUUGAGGAUAUGAAGGUUUUCCAGAGAGAAAGGCUGAAUGGACACUAUGGAGUGGCUGCAUUCGUCAUCAGCAACACACUUUCUGCAAUGCCAUUUCUGAUAAUGAUAACUUUUAUCUCUGGAACAAUAUGCUACUUUAUGGUUCAUCUCCAUCCAGGGUUCUUGCAUUAUCUAUUCUUUGUAUUGUGCCUUUACUCAAGCGUAACAGUGGUUGAGAGCCUAAUGAUGGCCAUAGCGAGUGUUGUCCCCAACUUCCUUAUGGGAAUAAUCACAGGCGCUGGAAUUCAGGGAAUUUUCAUGCUGGUAUCUGGGUUCUUCAGGCUCCCAAACGACAUCCCAAAGCCCUUCUGGCGGUACCCCAUGUCUUAUAUCAGUUUCCACUUCUGGGCCCUCCAGGGACAAUACCAAAAUGAUCUGAGGGGGUUGUAUUUUGACAACCAGACACCAGAUCAACCCAAGAUUCCUGGCGAAUAUAUACUGGAAUAUAUCUUUCAGAUCAACGUGAACCGAUCAAAAUGGGUGGAUCUCAGUGUUCUCUUUAGCAUGAUCAUUAUCUACCGUCUCAUCUUCUUCAUCCUGAUUAAGGUCAAUGAGGAUGUGACCCCUUGGAUCAGAGGGUGCAUAGCAAGGAGAAGGAUGCAAUGUAAGAAGCAGCAGGGCAAUCAGAGCAUAACAGUAACACCAGCUGAUCGUCUCAACAGAUCGCCUUCCCUCAGGACCUACAUCGCCAACCAGACAGCAGCAGCCGUUAGCAGACGAUAAAAGAAUCUUGAUCAAAGUUUGGACUUUAAAUUUUUUACAGUAAAAUAGUAAGAGGAUUUUCAUAAUGUUAUUUGAUAACUAUCCCCACUACCAGGCCAAUCUUGACCCUUGGUUUGGUAGGAAAAAUUUGAUAUGGAUGAUGAUGAUGAUGCAUGGACAAGCAAAUCAAAGAUUUCGGGUCUUUCAAUCUU